AUGACUGCCAAACUAAUCAUACCAUUAAUUGGGACGGGUAAUGUCCCACAAUUAUCAAUUGACUUGUUAUUACAUUCAACAAAUUCAUUUAACUAUGUGAAAAGGAUAGAUUCUAAGUUUUGUUACCCAUUUAGUGGUCCUUUGGACCAUGCUGCUGGUGAAGACCCUAAACUGUACAAUGGUAAGACUUUGUUUUCAUCAGCAAUUGAGCUUUUUAAGCAGAAGGAUGAACAAAUAUACGUUAUACAGCAACGUACUCCUAUAAUACCCGGGUAUUUGAAUAAUUUCAUAGUCGAAACUUUGAUCCCAGUGUUACAUGAAUAUCAGAUCACAGAACUUAUAGUGUUAGACUCCUUUGGGGCACUUGACGGUGUUGUAGAAUCAUUAAAUGGAUCCGGGUCAUUUUUCAAUGUUGGGACUUGCAAUUUAAGCUCAGUUAAUGACCUAAUACAACAGUUUGAUGAUCACCUAAAUCUGAGAAAUAAUGGACAAGUAAAUAGAGUCAAAGCUUUCAACUUCGACGACAAAGGUAUUCAACAAGAUAUCACAACGGAGCAAGAUAUUUUUAAAGUGGUUUAUCAUCUAACGAACACCUCAAACCUGCAGCUAAAUAAAAUAAAAUAUUACUCAACAUUUGUUCAUGAAGGUGAUAAUUCGGAAGAUGCGUAUACUUUUUAUAACAAUCUCAUGUUAGCACAACCUGAAGUUUUCCCCAGAAUUGACGAAUUUCAUCCACCUGUAUCAUGGAAAGGUGUUUACGGAUUCACACCUAUCAGGUCUGCAUACGAUGAAGGUCUCUAUACCUGA